AUGCACCAACACCCUCGACCCUCGAUGCGGGCCGCCGCCUUAUCAACAACCUCCCACACAAACUCCUCGAGAUCCGCCAAUCCAAGAGACGCCAUGUCAAGCCGGACAUACUCUAGUGAGGACCUGUCCUCGGGCAGUCCCACUGUCCGCUCGUCGGAUGGCAAGGAGCAGAGUCUAAAAGACAGAGCAAACCUGGUUGUUCAGCACUUCUUCACAAAGGCCGCUCUCAUCAUCUGCUCGUCAAGAGUCAGCCUGCCGCCCGCCAUGAACAAGACUGGCGAGGCAAAGAUCGAUAGAUGGUUCAAUACCUUGAUAGAGGAAACAGACAUGUUGAACCAAGACUUGCAAGAGUGGAGAUCCAUGGACGCCACUGUAGAAAGACCCGCUCCAUUGUUCAUCGACGUCUACCUGGACACUGCCCAACUCGCCCCCAACCAAUCUCUGGUCGCAAUAGAUGAACAAGGCAAGCCGUGGGAUGUAAGCGACACUCUGAGAAGACUCGAGGCUUCUGCCCCAACGCCUCAAAACCAUACCCUUUCGAAAUUUGUCUAUGAGAGAUGGACAAUCAGUCUAGACGACGCUUCGAAAGUCUCCCCAACAACCCUCAAUGAGCCUGCGCCUAGCUUCUACAAGAAAGGCGUCAUUACAUGCAGAGCACUCUGCACAUAUGCCCGUCUGCUGCCAGCGUGGAAGCUACGCACACGUCUCGGGAAACAAGCUGCAACUGGGCCGGCAACAUUACGACCUAGAUACCGUGUCUCAGAUGGUUCGCUCGCUGAGAAAUCACGAGUAGACACUCUGAGCUGCUCCAUCUUCCCAUCUGACAAGCGACCGACCGAGACUUACCGCUUCUCGCCUCUACACUGCCCUCUGGGUUCGCUCAACAUCUCAGUCACCUAUCGAAAGAAUCUCGAUCUUCAGGUCGAGCUUUCGGAGCGUUUGAUCAGCGCGAGGAUGGCGGGACACGAGCGACCUGAUAGUCGCUUAUCGGGCGAGUCAAGCAGAGAAAGAACUUCGAUGGAUCAAGAGCGUCCUUCCCUGCGAAAUCAGACGCCUAGAUUCUCAUCAUCAUUCCAACGACCAGCUCAACGGACCACAACAAUUGGAUCAUCACCACGAACAGGCUCCUUCCGUGAGCCCGUCGAUCGACCUGUAUCGGCGCAGGCGAUUGGCGAACACGAUGAAUCACAGCCAUCAUCACAACAAGACGAUCAACCUCGUCGCUAUUCUUCACAAAGCCAAAGAGACCGUGAGGCUUCACGCUUCACACCGUCGUCCUUGAGAGAUCCGAAUGCGUUCCAGCGUAGGCCAUCUGUAUCGUUUCAACCUUUCAAGGCCGGCUCUUUAUCGUCGUCACCUGCUGCGGGUAAUUUCCUGUCUAGCUCACCGAGCAGCUCUGUUGGUCGAACCUCUGGCAACCCGCUUCUGGCACACGCUCGGAAGACAUCGUUGUCGACAUUGCCCCAGCAAGCUCUGAGGAAUCCUGGUGUGCCGCUCGAGACAGCUGUUGGGUCUUCUGCAUCCAGUUCUCCCAAGCCAGCUCCUAUUCAGAGAUACUCUUCGAGCUUUGGUAACAGAAGAGCUCGAUUCCCUUCGGUUUCUAGCAGCAGGGUCGAGGAAGACAAUAACAGCAGCGGUAGGGCUAGUGUGUCCUCCACGAAUCGUGGAUCCAGCACACUUCAGGAAGGAGAAGCUGGCGCGAGCUCGGGCUCAGUACAAGCUGAUGAGGACAACAUAGCCGAUUUCCUCAAACUGCUUGACAGAAACAAGGGCUUGUCAAGUCUUAAUAAGACUGACAAAGCUUCCUUGAACGCCAACUCGCAACGCGCUGCAGCACAGUUUUCCAAGUUCUCUCGCAUGAAAGACUCGACGGCACAGCUCUCAGAGUCUAUGCAGUCGUCGGUGAUGCUGCAAAGAUCUUCCAGCUCGUCAAGUCGACAGCUGCAGAAUGUACCAGGCAUGCUUCCUGGUUCUAUCUCAACUUCUUCCUCGCCUGGCAAGCCUAUUUCACCACAUACACCACAUAUCCCAGCCAUACCAUCUCGAUUGAGCAACAAUAGUAUAACGGCAGACUAUACGCGAGAUCGCAGUCGCAGUCGUCUAUCGGGUACCAGCCUCCAGCCGUCCAGCGAUGGAGCAAGAGACGUACCUACUCAUCCACCAACUCGAGGUUCAGGCACACCAUUGUCAACGGCCAUUGACAUCCCAACCUCGCCUCGGACUUUCAUCUCUAAUCGUCGCUCGUCGUCAACAGCACAACAAGCACGUGCAAGAGGCAUCACCAAUGUCGAAGACCAAGACGCGUACGGUCUACGUUCGGCCAGCAUGCCCAUGGCUGAAGGCGUCAGAGGCGAGCUAAGUCUGUCCGAGUUGCUGUCCCAAGGAGAAGGUGGAAGUGGAUCAGGCGGUAUCGGAGCUAGCAGCAGACGCCGCUACCGUGAGUGUUCUGCUACCGCCGACGAUGACGAGCCACUACUCUUCGCUCUGGCUGACUGA